AUGACGCCCUCUGUGGUGGUAGCUGGGCCGACCUCACCUUCGACUGGCGGCGAUUCACUCCAGCAUUUGAAUGUGGGUCUGCCCAGGACACGUUCUGUGUCGUCGUCGACGUUGUCGUCUACAUCCACCACGGGCGAGGUUAUCGGUUCUCCUCCUAACAAUUCAACUCUUCUGUCCGUCAACGACUCCCUGUUGGCUCCGACUCAGACCAAGUCAUUGCUUUGGGAUCAAGCAAAACCUCACCAGAACUUGAACUUGCCCUCCUUCAAUUUGGACUUGGAGAAUCUUACAGGUCAUAAUCAUCAACAGCGAGCCUCGGUGACGUCGCUCUCGGGUGUCGUGUUUGAUGCUUCUUCGGGUCCAUCGAAUCAUUUCUUUGCCUUGUCACAGCAACAAUUGGGAGCAGGAGCACCACUACCAGUAGUACCACCAACCGACGCUUCCAAUGGCUUCAGCUUGCAUCAGCAACAGCUGCAGCUGCAGCUGAAAUACAGUGGCGUGGUCCCCCCUUCAAACAAGUUCACCCAGGCCUCUAAAUCAUCGUCGGUUUCUAGUGCCUCCUCCAUAGUAUCGUCGUCCGCUACGUCGUUCACUUCAUAUGCCUCUGGUGCCACUCCUUUGAUCGACAAGGAGUACCUUGCCUCGAUCAACAAGGUGCCUUUGUUACUGUUAAGACACGAGAUCUUGCGCUUCUCCAAGGACCAAUAUGGAUGUCGGUUCCUUCAGAAGAAGAUUGACGAGAAUAUCAUUUCCAACUACUCGAUCAGGUUGGCCAACUUUGAGAUCAUCUUUAAAGAGAUCCACCCUUAUCUUUAUGAGUUGAUCAUCGACCCAUUUGGUAAUUACUUGAUCCAAAAACUCACCAUGUACUGUAACGAAAGCAACUUGAACUUGAUGAUGGAAAUCUUACAGCUGUGCUUGUUCCAGAUCUCCAUCAACCAACACGGUACCAGAGCAUUGCAGAAGAUCAUUGAUAAUUUGUCGAAUGAUUACCAAUUGUCGUUGUUGAUCAAGGGCUUGAAACCCUACAUCAUUGAAUUGAUCAAAGACUUGAAUGGGAAUCAUGUGAUUCAAAAGAUCUUGAAUAAAUAUAGUCCUGAAAAUUGUCAGUUUAUUUAUGAUUCAAUUAUUCAAGACUUAUUCCCGGUGGCCACGCAUAAACAUGGAUGUUGUGUUUUACAAAAGUGUUUGAAUCAUGCUACUCACAAUCAAUUGAUGGACUUUUCAAACGCUAUUUUGAACUAUCCUGUAUCUGUUAAAUUGGUCAAUGACCAGUUUGGUAACUAUGUGUUGCAAUAUUUAAUUUCAAUUGACUCUAUAGACAUUAAUUAUCGGAUGUUUGAGAACUUUAUAAAGUUUGGAGUGUCUGAGUUGUGCAACUUGAAGUUCAGUUCCAAUGUCGUGGAGAAGUUCUUAAAGAAUUGCUACAAUAACGAGCUGAAACUGAUGGAAUUCAGUCAAUUGAAAUUUGAUUUGAUCUUCAACAUUUUGUCUGGUAACUUGAACAAGUUGAUCAAUGAUCCUUAUGGGAACUAUGUUAUUCAAACUUUAUUGGAUAUUUUGGUACAUACCCAGGUUGUGUAUCCUCCAGAUCUCCCUGGAUUAUUGGCAUUACAACCUGAUUACAGAUACAAUGUCAAUGGUCAAAUGUCGCAGAGUAGCAUGCAGAUUUCUAUCAUAAAGCAUUGGUUUCAGAAUUGCAAGAUUGUUUCCUCUUACGGCAAGAGAAUCCAGUCCAAGAUCAACACCAUCUUAAACAAUUCCAACAACAGUUCCGGUAACACUGUUAUUGGUAAUAAUCAUCAUUCCAUGAACCGCAAUACCACACACAUGAAUAAUAAUGUUGCUGCUUCGUACAAUAAUGGUAAUAAUAAUAAUAAUAAUAAUAAUAAUAAUAAUAUCCCCAUGAACAUGAACUAUCUUCAAGAGAACAUGACUUCAACGGGACAAUUUAUCAAUAGUAACAACUACUAUUAUGCCCUGCAACAACAACCACAAUCACACCAACAACAACAACAGCAACAAAUUCAUAUGCCGCAACAUCAACUACUCCCAAACCAUAUGCAACAGCAACAACAACAGUUCAUGAGUGCUCACCAGUUUAGUAACGGUGGUCAUCCAAUGGCCUCACGUCGCCAAAACGAUCAUCAAGGUCAACGGUCUUCUCAACAAAUGCCUCCUCGUAUGAAUGUUCAAUAUAACUACCGUGGAAUGCCUCCACAACAGUAUAUGGCUCCAUACCAACCUAACUCCAUGAUGAACGACAGCAGUAAUAAGAGUACUAUCAAUGGUCAUAGUAUGAAUGGAGCAUACGGCCAGAGAUAUUAUUAA